AUGUCGAGCAAGUGUGCCGACUGUGACUGCUCUGACAGCAGCAAGUGCACGAAGAAAGGAAACAACUAUGACUUGGUCAUAGUUGAGACUGAGAACCGCUCCAUGGACACUGUGAUCAUGGAUUCCCCAGCAGCUGAGAACGAUGGAAAGUGCAACUGCAGCCCAAGCUGCUCCUGUGUGGACUGCAAAUGUGGUCGUUAA